UGAUUUUUCGCCUUGCAGAAGAUCGUGAGAAUGUGAGCUGUUUUGAGAAUCGUGUUCUUUGAUUUAGUGAUAACGUUUUUGUUGACUGUGUGUCGAAUUCCGAAUCCAUGGCCGACGCUGGUCAGAAACAGGCUCGCUAUGGAGCCGUGUCGAGUGAUACUUCGCCUCCUCUGCAACGAUCUUUGAUCAAACCGGGCAAAUUGCCUCCGUCUGAUUACUGGAAAGGCAUUUUGGUGUCUGUUGAGAGUGAAUUCGACACGUUUCAAGGCUUCGUUGAACGUGUUGGACUGGACGAGCAGACCGUUAGUUUGACGAAAACCUUCGUUAAUGGGAAGAUGUUGGAGGCGAACGGCGGGAAAGCUACUCUCAGUGCUGAUAAGAUCACCGUCAUCAAGUUUCUGAGAUUCCCCGAGGAAGAAGAACCAGAACAACUGAGUGUCGUUGGUCGUGACGUACCGAAGCGUUUCGAGCAACGGCGGCAGCUGGACGGAAGUCCGUCGCAUGAUCGUCGUGCUCCUCGAACCAGCGGCUGCAAGUAUAAUGGUGCUGUGAAUAAUAGAGCUACCGGGAAGAACUGUAAUCCCAGGCGCGUUGUGACGAGCUCACACGGUCAGUACUUCAACUGGCAGCAGAAGCCAAAUUUGCGUUCCGGAGAAUCUCCUCAGAAUUUCGAAGAAGGAAAAAGUGGUUGGAAAAAGAGGCAAAUGGCGAAGGAUUCGGCGUGUUUUGGUACUCCAGUAGACAGCUUUAUUGACGAGGACUUCGAUUUCGAUGCGAAUCUGAAGAAAUUCGACAAGAGAGCAGUGUUCGAGGAAAUCUCCGCCCAUCAGAAGCCCGGCACCGUGAAGCGCCAGCUCUAUUACCGUCAUGACGAAUGCAUAGUUCAUGCUCCGAACGACAAUAACUACAAGGGGACGGAAGCCCGUAGUAUCUCAGAUAGUCCCGAAAAGUGUGAUUUGGUGAUACGAUUAGAAAAUAUGGCGGAUGCCGGGAUGAAAUCCGCUGAUCAUCUGGUUCCUCUCGACGCGAAGCCGAAGAAAGGCAUUCUGAAAAAUUCCUCCAGUUUUGAUAAACCAGGGCCUGCGCAUUUGUCCGGCGGGUCCAAAGAAACCAAAUGGGAUGAAAUGAACAUCCUGGCUACUCACCAUCCCCCCGACAAAGACUACGGGCAUAUGAAAGUCAUGGAACCCAAGACCCCUUUCUCUUAUUACAACGAGGCAGAUGAGGAGAUGGAGGGCCAUUCUUCGGCGGGUCUCGACCCUAGUCAACUCGCCUCCCAGAUUGGGGAAGCGGCCGGACAACCACCAAAGGUGAUGCAGGAAGAGGAUGAAGAUGACGAAGAUUAUGCGCACGAAACAGAAGAAGAUCGUGCGAAACGACUGUCUUUCGAGGCAAAGCGUAAAGCGCAUUACAAAGAGUUUUACGCGGCGCAAUUGGCUCGGAAACUGAUGGAGAGAGACGAACUCGAAGAGGACGACGGGGAUUACCAAGAACCGCCGCAGCCUUAGGCUCAAGGGCUUUUUCAGGUCCCGUGUGAGCCUCUCAUCCAAGAAAUGUGCAUGAUUAUUGAUUUCAGCUCCCCGAUUUUUUUGUAUUUGGUAUAGUAUUUGUUUAUCAAUUUUUGUUGCUAAUGAAUUCCCUUUGAGCCUAAUGGAAAUCAAAUGCUGCUUCCGGGCAUUUUCUUUUUUGUGUUUGGAGAGAAGUAUCCUUUUUUUGAAGCGCCCUUUUUGUGGGAGUUGUGAUUCCAUGCAUUUCCUGUCUCACUAUUUUGGCUGGUUGGUAGAACAAUUCGGUGCUUCUUUUUAGUUGGGGGAAGUUAAUCAAAGGACGUGCUUACUGAUCAGUCAACUGCCUGUUUGAAAUUUCAAGUUAGUUUCAGUGGUGUACGUGUAGCAGCUUGUUGAACACAAGAUCUGUCCCUUAAGUGCAACGACGUGAGAGUUCCUUUAACCGAGUAAUUCUCAAGUUUUGUGUUAACUUGUUCGUUUUUUUUAUUUAUAUUCUGUACUGUCCUGCCAAAUGCGGGUGAAAUCCACAGCAAUCUCCUUCAUUUUCUCAAGCAUUUCUUCGUGGAACCUUCUCUUUCAAGUUUACAAUGUUUCGUUCUGUCAUGAGUUGGGUUAAUUUUAAUAACUGCGUUUUGUUGCUUCCGGUCUUGGAUCUUGAUUUUUCAUUCGCCCCUGACGUGAGAUCUAAAAUAAUAUUUUUUAUUUUGACUGAUGCGCCUGCCGAAGUGCUUCGAAAUCCUUAAUUCCACGAGGCUUAAAAGAUAUCUUGAAGGUGGUGAACAAAAUUACAAAUCCGUCUCAAUCUGUACUUCUAGAACAAUUUCACGUUCAAUGCUGUUGCACAAGCAGGCUGGAAUUAGAAGGCAGAAGCACUUUCAAGUACAAUACCGCCAGUGACACCUAUCUACUAUGAAGUAUGGUAAUGAACUAAUCAUGCUAGUGCAGUGUACGAAAAGAAUUGAAAAUUCUAAGCCCACAUCAACUUUUUAAAUUAUCUAUCCGUCUGUCAUGUGUCCGUACAGGAUAUUGUCUAAAAAGCAAUCGAAACUCUCCGAUCGCAUUUUUCAACCCACCUCCAUGCACUAUAACCAUCAAGCGAUUCUGCCUGAACAUCUGCUGAACGAUUUCUUCACUUCGACCUGUGCAAUUGGAUUACGAUGCUGUAGAGAUUUUAUUGAUAGCUAUCUGAAGUUGGAUUAUUUUUGAAAGAAGAUACUAGAUGCCUUUUUAUAGUCUGGAUGAAGGUUUUAUCCUUUUUUGGUUCCGGCGUGAUUUGAGGCGGAAUUUUCUACGCGCGCACCUUCCUGAAACAUAAACGAUGUGCUCGGAAAUGUUGCCAACCGUGACGGGAGACCAGGUGUAGAGAAGUGUUCUGCUUUUUUUUUUGGAGAAAGAAGGUGGUUUCCUGAGAGAAAUUGAAUCCUUCAUGUUCCGGCCUUUCAGUGUGAACGUACUGUACCUUAUUCUCACAUUCGCGCCGUAAAAACAGAUGUGACUUUGAUUUGUACACGGAUCGUUCGAGUAUUGCUGGGGAUUAAAAAGAAGAUGGCGACAGGAGUA